GUAGACGUGUCGCUUGCUAUGGUAAAACACUGCUGUGGUCUCGUGCGGCAGCGAGACCACACUCUGGAGUGCCCGCUGUGGCGAAGACCAUGGCGGCUGCGACGGGGGCGAGGGCAGCGCGGGUUUCGCACGCGAGAAGAGAGCUGAGCUUCUCCUUCCCGGGCCCUCGCAAGCUCGAAGACAUCACCAACCUCCCGCUCCUGGCAAAGGAGGAGAAGGAGAGCAUAGCGGACAUCUGGACAGCCUAUCACGACGAGAGAGCGGACUCGCUGGGCACGGUAAUACCGGGAGACUCCCUUGGCGAUCUGCAGGCGAAGGCUAAGAAGUGCCCGAUGUUCGUGCUUCCGGUGUGGCGAGACGGGGGACACUUCAUGAUGCUCUCUCAGUACCAAGACAAGUGCUUCUUGCUCACCUACCUCGAGGACUACAAGGUCAACCCGGGAGGUGCCCAACCUUACGCCACCAUUUCCAUGUUCAAUGAUCUGGUUGACAGCAAAGGACUCGGCUUGAUACGUGCGGACAUCACGCCGAACCUCACCAAAAAGGAGGUGGACAGGCUUGUACGACUCCUGAUUCGAUUCUACUCCCCGCACGCACACCACCACGUGGAAGCUUUCAACCUGAGGCCGCAGGAAUUCGACCUCGAGAAACUGCUGCAGGAGACGCCCAGAGAUUGAUGAUGAUGAUCGUGAAGUUCAAUUUCUUUUCCCCGACUUUUCCGAGGGAGGCGAUAUGUGCGGUCGAUCUAGGGUCAGUUCUCGUCCUGGUGCAUCGGUGCCCUCCAACUGCCAUCUUUUGUCCUAAAUCUGCUUGUCCGUCCAUGCCAGGGGGGGUGAUUCAGAGGCAAUCCGCGGUCGGGGUAUCUUGUAUCUUGUGCCUUUUGUUCUCUUGUUGAGGUGUGGUGGUUGAAAAGGGGCAAAGACGUCGCUUUCAUACAAGUGAUUCGGGUCUUGUAGUUUUUGCGUCAUCCCUGCCUGUGGCUGUUGUAGCGUCUUCCUCGAUAAGAGUUUGGACGAGAUCCUGACUUCCACUAAUUUCGCGACGACUACAGCUGCUGUGUUGGGGUGAAGCGAUGGACUAUCGUUCUAAUGUCGUCCGGAGUGACUUCAACGUGAUCCCCGGCUGAGCAAGCUUUCUCUGGUGGCGUGCCUUGAUGCUUGGAACCCGACGUUGACCUGUUCCAGGCACCACUUUUUGUGCGGUUCUUAGCUUGCUCGCGAUUGGUGGCCAAUCUUGGUCGUUUCUUCAACGCUCCAUCAUGUGCUGUGCCAUUAACGGUCGGUCCCCGAUCCCGGGAUCAUGAGCAUGCAGCCUCGCUGCAAUGGUUAAUUGGGGUGACGGUGCCCCGAACGAAUACUACAGCACAAGGUUUGUAGCGCUUCGGCUUCCAGCUUCGUGGGUAAAGCACCCUCUGGGGGAAUGGGGCGCGAACGUUUGCGUACUGGUAUGCUUUAGGAUCCCUCCCCGGAGGACGUGUGGACGACUGAAAUGGUGAAGCACUUUUGGCACUGGUACGUUUCUCCGAACAGAAAUUUCCGGGAAAUGUAUCGCGGAUUGAAGUA